AUGCCGCCCGCCGCGCCCGCCCGCCUGGUGCUCGCCUUGGGCCUGGGCCUGUGGCUCGGGGCGCUGGCGGGGGUCCCCGGGCGCGGCUGCGGGCCGUGCGCGCCCCCCUGCCUCUGCGGCCCGGCGCCCGGCGCCGCCUGCCUCGUCAACUGCUCAGGCCAGGGGCUGCGGACGCUCGGGCCCGCGCUGCGCAUCCCCGCGGACGCCACCGCGCUGGAUAUCUCCCACAACCUGCUUCGGGCGCUGGACAUCGGGCUACUGGUGAACCUCUCGGCGUUGACGGAGCUGGACAUAAGCAACAACAAGAUUUCUACGUUAGAAGAAGGAAUAUUUGAUAAUUUAUUUAAUUUAAGUGAAAUAAAUCUGGGCGGGAACCCGCUCGAGUGUGACUGCGGUCUGGCCUGGCUGCCACGCUGGGCGGAGGGGCAGCGGGUCCACGUGGUACGGCCCGAGGCGGCCACGUGCGCCGGGCCUGGCCCCCUGGCUGGCCAGCCACUGCUUAGCGGAGCGCUGCUGGACGGAGCCUGUGGUGAGGAGUAUGUUGCCUGUGUCCCUGACGACAGCUCGGGCGCCGUGGCACUGGUGGCCUUUUCGGCUGCCCCCGAGGGCCCGCUGGCCCCUGAGGCCUGUGGCGCCCUCUGCUUCGCAGCUGGCCAGGCCCUCGCGGCCCUCUCGGAGCAGGGCCGGUGCCUAUGCGGGGCAGCCCAGCCCCACAACUCCUCUUCCGCCUGCCUGCCCUCCUGCUCUGGCCCCUCCCUGCCCCCUGCCCCCACCUGCCGGGGGCCCAGCCUCCUCCAGCACGUCUUCCCUGCCUCCCCGGGGGCUGCCCUGCUGGGGCCCCAAGGACCCCUGGCCUCUGGCCAGCCCGCAGCCUUCCACGUCACCGCCUCGCUGCCGGUCAGCUCCACGCACUGGGACUUUGGCGAUGGCUCCCCAGAGGUGGAUGUCGCGGGCCCCGAUGCCACUCACCGCUAUGUGCUGCCCGGCCGCUACCCUGUGACGACUGUGCUGGCCCUAGGGGUGGGCUCUGCCCGGCUGGGGGCAGAGGUGCGGGUGGAGGCAGCCCCGGCUGACCUGGAGCUCGUCUGUGUGGCCUCGGUGCACAGUGGUGAGACCCUGCAGCUCGGUGUCCGAAACCGCGGCGGCUCGGGCCUGGAGGCCACCUACAGCAUCGUGGCCCUGGGCGAGGAGCCAGCCCAAGUGGUGCACCCGCUCUGCCCCUCGGACACGGAGAUCUUCCCCGGCAACGGGCACUGCUACAGCCUGCGGGCAGAGAAGGCGUCCUGGGCGCAGGCACAGGAGCAGUGCCGGGCUUGGGCCGGGGCCGCCCUGGCCAUGGUGGACAGCCCUGCCGUGCAGCACUUCCUGGUCUCCCGCGUCACCAGGAGCUUGGACGUGUGGAUUGGCUUCUCGGCUGUGGAGGGGGUGGCAGCGGGCCCUGCGCCCCAGGGCGGCGCCUUCAGCCUGGAGAGCUGCCAGAACUGGCUGCCCGGGGAGCCACAUCCCGCCACAGCUGAGCGCUGCGUGCGCCUGGGGCCCGCUGGGCAGUGCAACACGGACCUGUGCUCAGCGCCGCACAGCUACGUCUGUGAGCUGCGGCCCGGAGGCCCCGUGUGGGAUGCAGAGAACUUCCUCGUGGGAGCGCCCAGUGGGGACCUGCAGGGGCCUUUGAGCCCCCUGGAACAGCAGGAGGCCCUCCUGGCUCCCCAGGAGCCCAUCGAGGUGAUGGCGUUUCCUGGCCUGAGCCCGAGCCGCGAAGGCUUCCUCACCACUGCCGAGUUUGGGACGCAGAAACUGGGCCGGCCUGCCCAACUGCGGCUGCAGGUGUACCGGGCGGGGCGCGGAGCAGGGUCCCCAGAAAACAGCAGCGAGCCCCAGGGUAGGUCCCUUGAAAACAAGACUGAGCUGGCCCCUGUGUGCGCACCAGAAGGGCCCCUGUGCCCCCGAGCCAACAUCUGCCUGCCUCUGGACACCCCCUGCCACCCUGAGGCCUGCGCCAAUGGAUCCAUGCCAGGGCCGGGCCUCCCUGGGGUCUCCUACACACUGUGGAAAGAGUUCCUCUUCUCCGUGCCUGCAGGCCCCCCUGCCCAGUACUCGGUCCCCUUCCACGGCCAGGACAUCACCCUGCUCCCCGGCGACCUCAUCAGCUUGCAGCACGACGCGGGGCCGGGCGCCCUCCUGCGCUGCCCCCCAGCACUCAGCUUCCCGGGCUCUGAGGCUCCAUACUUCUCUGCCAACGCCUCAGCCUGGCUUGCCCGCCUGCCUGCCCAGCUGGAGGCGGCCCCAGCUGGCCCCACCUGCGCCCUGAGGUUGCUGGCCGCCACGGAGCGUCUCACCCCUCUGCUGGGCCUGGGCCCCAACCCGGGGCUGCGGCGGCCGGGGCGCUAUGAGGUCAGGGCCACGGUGGGCAAUGGUGUAUCCAGGCACAACCUGACCUGCAGCUUCGAUGUCCUCUCCCCAGUGGCCGGGCUUCGGGCCAUCUACCCGGCCCCCCAGGAUGGCCGCCUCUACGUGCCCACCAGCGGCUCUGCCCUGGUGCUGCAGGUGGACUCGGGCGCCAACGCCACCGCCGAGGCCCGCUGGCCUGGGGGCAAUGCCAGCGCACCCUUCGAGGCUGCCUGCCCGGCCGCUGUGGCCGCCCUGGCACCUGUCUGCGCCCAGGAGACCAACGGCAGCCUGUUUUCCAUGCUGAUGCUGUCCGGGCUCCGUGAGGGCGAGCACGAGGUGGAGGUGGUGGUGGAGAACGGUGCCGGCCAGGCCAACCUCAGCCUGCUGGUGACGGCGGAGGAGCCCAUCCGUGGGCUCCGCGCCACGCCCAGCCCCGAGGCCCGCGUGCUGCAGGGCGUCCUGGUGAGGUAUAGUCCCGUGGUGGAGGCUGGCUCGGAUGUGGUCUUCCGCUGGACCAUCGAUGACAAACAGUCCCUGACCUUCCACAACGUGGUCUUCAACGUCAUCUACCAGAGCGCAGCCGUCUUCAAGCUCUCGCUGACAGCCUCCAACCAUGUGAGCAGCGCCAGCGCGCACUACAACGUCACCGUGGAGCCGAUGCACCGGAUGCGGGGCCUGCGCUUGUUGGCAGUGCCGCCGGUUCUGGCCCCCAACGCCGCGCUGGCGCUGGCCGCCCACGUGCUGGUGGACUCGGCAGUAGAGGUGGCCUUCCUAUGGAUGUUCGGGGAUGGAGAGCAGGCAGUCGGCCAGUUCAAGCCUCCGUACGAGUCCUUCGAGGUCCCAGACCCCACGGUGGCCCAGGUGCUGGUGGAGCACAACACCUCGCACGUCUACACCACCCCAGGUGAGUACAGCCUGACCCUCCUUGUGUCCACCGCCUUCGAGAACCUGACGCAGCAGGUGCCUGUCAGUGUGCGUGCCGCCCUGCCCGCCGUGGCCGUGGCCGUGGGCAGCCAGGUCCUGGUGGCUGGCCAGCCCGUCGCCUUCUUCCCAUGCCCGCUUCCGUCGCCGGGCGGUGUCCUCUACAUGUGGGACUUCGGGGACGGCUCCCCAGCUGUCACCCAGCCCCAGCCAGAGGUCAACCACACGUUUGCCUCGAGGGGCAUGUACCAUGUCCGCCUGGAGGUCAACAACACAGUAAGCCACGUGGUGGCAGGCAUCAGCGUCCGUGUCUUCGAGGAGCUCCGAGGCCUGACGGUGAGUCUGAGCUCCGCCGUGGAGCAGGGUGUGCCUGUGGUGGUCAGCGCUGCCCUGGAUUCCGGCGACAACGUCACAUGGACUUUCGACAUGGGGGACGGCACGGUGCUCAUGGGCCCCGAGGCCACGGUAGAGCAUGUGUACCGGCAGGCACAGAACUGCACGGUGACGGUGGGUGCAUCCAGCCCCGCCGGCCGCCUGGCCCACAGCCUGCCCGUGCACGUGUUCGUCCUGGAGGUGCUGUGGAUCGACCCGGUGGCCUGCAUCGCCUCCCAGCUGCAUGCCCGGCUCACAGCCCAUGUCACCGGGGACCCUGCCCACUACGUCUUUGACUGGACCUUCGGGGACGGCUCACCCAACAUCAGCAUCCAGGGGGACCCGACCGUGAUGCACAGCUUUACGCACAGUGGCACGUUCCCGCUGGCGCUGGUGCUGUCAAGCCGCGUGAACAGAGCGCACUACUUCAGCAGCGUCUGCGUGGAGCCCGUGCUGGGCAACGUCACCCUGCAGCCGGAGAGGCAGUUCGUGCGGCUCGGGGAUGAGGCCCGCUUGGUGGCCCACGCCUGGCCCCCCUUCCCCUACCGCUACACCUGGGACUUCGGCACUGAGGAUGCUGCUGCCCGCGUCAGGGGCCCCGAGACCACGUUCACCUACCAGCUUGCUGGCUCCUACCUCGUGACAGUCACCGCGGCCAACAACAUCUCGGCCGCCAAUGACUCAGCGCUGGUGGAGGUACAGGAGCCCGUGGAGGUCACAGGCAUCAGUGUCAACAGCUCCCACGCUCUGGAGCUGCAGCAGCCCUACCUGUUCUCCGCUGUGGGCCGCGGGCACCCCGCCAGCUUCCUGUGGGAGCUGGGGGACGGCGGGCAGCUGCAGGGCCCCACAGUCACUCAUGCCUACAGCAGCACAGGCUGCUUCCGAGUCAGGGUGGCCGGCUGGAACGAGGUGAGCCGGGGCGAGGCCCGGCUGGACGUGACAGUGCAGCAGCGCGUGCGGGGGCUCAGCCUGAAUGCCAGCCGCACAGUGGUGCCCCUCAAUGGCAGCGUGAGCUUCAGCACCGCGCUGGAGGCCGGCAGCAACGUGCGCUACUGCUGGGUCCUCUGUGACCGCUGCACGCCCAUCCCCGGGGGCCCCACCAUCUCUUACACCUUCCGCUCUGUGGGCACCUUUAACAUCAUCGUCACAGCCGAGAACGAGGUGGGCGCCGCCCAAGACAGCAUCUUCGUCUACGUCCUGCAGCACAUCGAGGGGCUACAGGUGGUGGGCGGCGGCUGCUGCUUCCCCACCAACCGCACACUGCAAUUGCAGGCUGUGGUGCGGGAUGGCACCAACAUCUCCUACAGCUGGGCCGCUCAGCGCGAUGGUGGCCCCUCCUUGGCCGGCGGUGGCAAAGCCUUCUCGCUCACAGUGCUUGAGGCCGGCACCUACCAUGUCCAGCUGCGGGCCACCAACAUGCUGGGCAGCGCCUCAGCCAACUGCACGGUGGACUUCGUGGAGCCGGUGGGGUGGCUGGCCGUCACCGCCUCCCCGAACCCAGCUGCUGUCAACUCAAGUGUCACCCUCUGGGCUGAGCUGGCUGGGGGCAGCAGUGUCAGUUACAGCUGGUCCCUGGAGGAGGAGCUGCGCUGGGAGACCCAGGAACCAUCUACCACCCUCAGCUUCCCCAGCCCCGGCCUGUGCCUGGUCACAGUCGUGGCCGAGAACCAGCUGGGCUCAGCCAAUGCCAGCGUGGAGGUGGUCGUGCAGGUGCCCGUCAGUGGCCUCAGUAUCCAUGCCAGGGAAUUGGACGGUGGCUUUGUGGUGGCCGGUUCCACGGUGCCCUUCUGGGGGCAGCUGGCCGCAGGCACUGACGUGAGCUGGCGCUGGGCUGUGCCAGGUGGCAGCAGGCAGGGCCAGCACAUCACCGUGGUCCUCCCUGAUGCUGGCCCAGUCUCGGUCCAGCUCAAUGCCUCCAACGCAGUCAGCUGGGUUAUGGCCACGCACAACCUCACGGUGCAGGAGCCCAUUGUGAGCCUGGUGCUGUGGGCCAGCAGGAAGGUGGUGGAGCCCGGGCAGCCGGUGCACUUUCAGAUCUUGCUGGCCGCUGGCUCGGCCGUCCGCUUCUUCCUGCAGGUCAGCGGGGGCAGCCUCGAGGUGCUGCCCAUGCCCCACUUCUCCCACAGCUUCCCCCGGGUUGGGGACUACACAGUGAGCGUGCACGCUGAGAACCGCGUGAGCCGGGCACAGGCCCAGGUGCGCGUCUCGGUGCUGGAGGCCGUGGGUGGGCUGCAGGUGCCCGACUGCUGCGGGCCGGCCAUCGCCACGGGUGCAGAGCGGAACUUCAGCGCCCGCGUGCAGCGGGGCUCCCGCGUCGCCUACGCCUGGUACUUCUCACUGCAGAAGGUGCAGGGAGACUCGCUGGUCAUCCUGUCGGGCCGCGACGUCGCCUACACUCCCGUGGCUGCAGGGCUGCUGGAGAUCCAUGUGCGUGCCUUCAACGAGCUGGGCGGCGUGAACCGCACGCUGCUGGUGGAGGUGCAAGACGCCAUCCAGCAUGUGGCGCUGCGCGGCCCCCGCUGCUUCGCCAACCGCUCUGCCCACUUCGAGGCGGCCACCAGCCCCAGUGCCCGGCGCGUAUCCUACCGCUGGGACUUCGGGGACGGGGCCCCGGCAGAGGACACAGAGGCGCCCUGGGCGGCACACUCCUACCUGCAGCCCGGGGACUACCCCGUGCAGGUGAACGCCUCCAACCUGGUGAGCUUCUUCGUGGCACAGGCCACGGUCACUGUCCACGUGCUGGCCUGCAGGGAGCCCGCAGUGGACGUGGCCCUGCCCCCGCAGGUGCUCAUGCGGCGUUCCCAGCGCAACUACCUGGAGGCCCACGUGGACCUGCGGGACUGCGUCACCUACCAGACCGAGUAUCGCUGGGAGGUGUACCGCGCCGCCAGCUGCCAGCGUUCUGGGCGCGCGGCCCGGGUGGCCCUGCCCGGUGUGGACAUGAGCCGGCCCCAGCUGGUGGUGCCACGGCUCGCACUGCCUGUGGGCCACUACUGCUUUGUGUUCGUGGUGUCGUUUGGGGACACCCCGCUGGCCCGGAGCAUCCAGGCCAACGUAACGGUGGCCCCUGAACGUCUAGUGCCCAUCGUGGAGGGCGGCUCCUCCCGCGUGUGGUCAGACUCUCAGGACCUGGUGCUGGACGGGAGCAAGUCCUACGACCCCAACCUGGAGGAUGGCGACCAGACACCCCUCAGCUUCCACUGGGCCUGUGUGGCCGCGACGCAGAGCGAGACUGGCGGGUGUGCGCUGAACUUCGGGCCCCGCGGGAGCAGCGUGGUCACCAUCCCUCGGGAGCGCCUGCGCGCCGGUGUGGAGUACACCUUCAACUUGACCGUGUGGAAGGCUGGCCGCAAGGAGGAGGUCACCAGCCAGACGGUGCUGGUCCGCAGCGGCCGGGUGCCCAUUGUGUCCCUGGAAUGCGUGUCCUGCAAGGCGCAGGCGGUGUACGCAGUGAGCCGCAGCUCCUACGUGUACCUGGAGGGCCGCUGUGACAACUGUGACGGGGGCCCGGAGCGCGGGCUGUGGGCUGCGCGCAGCUUCAGCAACGAGACACUGGUGCUGGACGCAACAACCACGUCCACGGGUGGUGCGGGCAUGCGGCUGGUGGUGCGGCGGGGCGUGCUGCGCGACGGCGAGGGCUACACCUUCACGCUGACCGUGCUGGGCCGCUCGGGCCAGGAGCAGGGCUGCGCCUCCAUCCGCCUGGCGCCCAACCGCCCGCCGCGGGGCGGCUCCUGCCGCCUCUUCCCGUUGGAGGACGUGCGCGCACUCACCACCAAGCUGCACUUUGAGUGCGUGGGCUGGCAGGACGCGGAGGACGCAGGUGCGCCGCUGGUGUACGCCCUGCAGCUGCGGCGCUGCCGCCAGGGCCACUGCGAGGAGUUCUGCGUCUACAAGGGCAGCCUUGCCUCCUACGGGGCCGUGCUGCCGCCCGGCUUCGCGCCCCACUUCAUGGUGGGCCUGGCUGUGCUGGUGCAGGACCAGCUGGGGGCCGCCGUGGUCGCCCUCAACAGGUCUCUGACCAUCACCCUGCCAGACCCCCCCGGGGACCCUGCCGACGGCCCCCCAGACCUCACGGACUGGCUGCAUAGCCUGGUGGGGAGCACGCUGCCUGGGCUGCUGCGGCAGGCUGACCCCCAGCAUGUCAUGGAGUACUCGCUGGCGCUCAUCGCUGUGCUCAAUGAGUACGAGCAGGCCCUGCCCGUACUGGCGGAGCCGGACCCUAGGCAGGAGCUGCGCGCCCAGAUACGCAAGAACAUCACGGAGACAUUGGUGUCCCUGCGGGUCAACACAGUGGACGACAUCCAGCAGGUGGCAGCCGCGCUGGCCCAGUGCACGGUGCCCAGCCGGGAGCUUGUGUGCCGCUCGUGCCUGAAGAAGACGCUGCACAGGCUGGAGGACAUGAUGCGCAUCCUGCAGGCGGAGACCACCACGGGCGCGGGGACGCCCACCUCCAUCGCAGACAGCAUCCUCAACAUCACAGGUGACCUCAUCCACGUGGCCAGCUCGGACGUGCAGGGCCCACAGCCCUCGGAGCUGGGGGCGGAGCCGCCCUCACUGCUGGUGGCGUCCAGGGCCUACCAGCUCUCGUCCGCCCUCGUGGGCAUUCUCACGCGCUCCCGCGUGCUCAACGAGGAACCCCUGACGCUGGCGGGCGAGGAGAUCCUGGCGCAGGGCAAGCGCUCGGACCCGCGGAGCCUGCUGUGCCAGGGUGACACCCCAGGCCCUGGCUGCCACUUUUCCAUCCCCGAGGCCUUUAGCGCGGCCCUGCCCAACCUCAGCGAUGUGGUGCAGCUCAUCCUGCUCGUGGACUCCAACCCCUUCCCCUUCGGCUACAUCAGCAACUACACCGUCUCCACCAAGGUGGCCUCCAUGGCCUUUCAGACGCAGGCCGGCGCCCAGAUCCCCAUCAGGCAGCUCGCCUCAGAGCGCGCCAUCACUGUGAAGGUGCCCAACAACUCGGACCAGGCCGCCCAGGGCCAGCGCGUCUCUGCCGGUUCCGCCGUCAUCCAGCCCCGGGCCUCGGUCAGCGUCGUGGUCACUCCUGAGAACAGCAACCCCGAGGCGGGGCUGCACCUGCAGCUCACCUUCACGGUGCUGGAUGAACAGUACUUGCCGGACGAGCCCGAGCCCUUCCUGGCCGCCUACCUGCACUCGGAGCCCUGGCCCAACGAGCACAACUGCUCAGCCAGCAAGAGGAUCAGCCUGGAGGCCCUGGCGGGCGGCGACCACAGGCCCUACACCUUCUUCCUCGCCCCGGGGUCCCGAGACUUGGGCGCGAGCUACCACCUGAACCUGAGCAGCCACUUCCGCUGGUCGGCGCUGGCGGUGUCCGUGGGUCUGUACACGUCGCUCUGCCAGUACUUCAGCGAGGAGCACAUGGCGUGGCGCACGGAGGGGCUGGCGCCCCUGGAGGAGACCUCGCCCCGCGAGGCCGUCUGCCUCACCCGCCACCUCACCGCCUUCGGCGCCAGCCUCUUCGUGCCCGCCAGCCGCAUCGAGUUCACCUUCCCUGAGUCGGCCUCCGGCGUCAACCACGUUGUCCUGCUGACCUGCGCCGUGUGCCUGCUGACCUACGCAGUCAUGGCCGUGAUCCUGCGGAAGCUGGACCAGCUGGACAUCCGCCGGGUCCGCGCCAUCCCAUUCUGCGGGAAGGGGGGCCGCUUCAAGUACGAGAUCCUGGUCAAGACUGGCUGGGGCCGGGGCUCAGGGACCACGGCUCACGUGGGCAUCAUGCUGUAUGGGGCAGACGGCCGCAGCGGCCACCGACACCUGGAUGGGGAUGGAGCCUUCCAGCGCAACAGCCUGGAUGUCUUCCAGAUUGCCACCCCACACAGCCUGGGCCGCCUGUGGAAGAUCCGCGUGUGGCAUGAUAACAAAGGGCUGAGCCCUGCUUGGUUCCUGCAGCACGUCAUUGUCCGGGACCUGCAGAGCGCCCGCAGCACCUUCUUCCUGGUCAACGACUGGCUGUCGGUGGAGACAGAGGCCAACGGGGGCCUGGUGGAGAAGGAGGUGCUGGCUGCAAGCGAUGCAGCGCUGCAGCAGUUCCAGCGCCUCCUGGUGGCCGAGCUGCAGCGUGGCUUCUUCGACAAGCACGUCUGGCUCUCCAUGUGGGACCGGCCGCCUCGGAGCCGCUUCACACGCGUACAGCGUGCCACGUGCUGCGUCCUCCUCCUCGGCCUCUUCCUGGGUGCUAAUGCCGUGUGGUACGGGACUGUGGGGGACAGCGCCCACAGCCAGGGCCCCACAUCCAGCCUGGCCCCACUGAGCCUGGACACCGUCGCCGUCGGCUUGGUGUCUAGCCUGGUCGUCUACCCGGUCUACCUGGCCAUCCUGUUCCUCUUCCGCAUGUCCCGGAGCAAGGUGGCAGGGGGCCCGAGCCCCACCCCCGCAGGCCCACAGGCACUGGACGUGGACAGCUGCCUGGACUCGUCCAUGCUGGACAGCUCCGUGCUCGCCUUCCCGGGACUCGGUGCCGAGGCCUUUGCUGGACAAAUGAAACAGGACUUAUUUCUGGAGGAUUCUAAAAGCCUAGUGUGCUGGCCAUCCAGCGAAGGUGCCCUCAGCUGGCCAGACUUGCUGAGUGACCCGUCUGUCAUGGGCAGCGCCCUGCAGCGGCUGGCUCGGGGCCGGAUAGGCCUCACGCCAGGCCCAGAGGAGGACAGUCUCUCCCUGGUCAGCCCCUCCUCGCCUGCCAAGUACUUCUCUGCUUCAGAUGAGGACCUGAUCCGGCAGAUCCUGGCUGAAGGGGCCGGGAGCCUGGCCCCCACCCAGGAUACGCAGGGAGAAACAGACCUGCUCGCUGGCCUGUGCAGCGCCCCUGGCGAGAAGACCCAGCCCGUGGUGCUGCGGAGCCUGGGGGACACGGGGCUGCCCAGCCCAGGCCUGACUUGGGAACAGCCCUCGCCGGCCAGGCUCCCCAGGACAGGGCUGGUGGAGGGUCUGCGGAAGCGGCUGCUGCCAGCCUGGUGUGCGCCCCUGGCCCACGGGCUCAGCCUGCUCCUGGUGGCUGUGGCCAUGGGAGUGUCGGGGUGGGUCGGCGCCAGCUUCCCCCCCAGCGUGUCUGUCAUGUGGCUCCUCUCAAGCGGCUCCAGCUUCCUGGCCUCGUUCCUCUGCUGGGAGCCACUCAAGGUCCUGCUGGAGGCACUGUACUUCUCCCUGGUGGCCAAGCGGCUGCACCCAGAUGAGGAUGACACCCUGGUGGAGAGCCCGGCCGUGACACCCGUGAGUGAGCGUGUGCCCCGCGUGCGGCCGCCCCAUGGCUUCGCGCUCUUUCUGGCGAAGGAGGAAGCCCGGAAGGUCAAGAGGCUGCACGGGAUGCUGCGGGGCCUCCUGCUUUACAUGUUUUUCCUGCUGGUGACACUGCUGGCCAACUAUGGGGAUACCUCGUGCCACAACCAUGCCUACCGCCUGCAGAGUGCCAUCAAGCAGGAGCUGGACAGCCAGGCCUUCCUGGCCAUCACCCGGUCUGACGAGUUCUGGCCAUGGAUGUCCCAUGUUCUGCUCCCCUACAUCCAUGGGAACCAGUCGAGGCCGGAGCUGGGGCCCCCACGGCUGAGGCAGGUGCGGCUGCAGGAAGCGCUCUGCCCGCACCCGCCUGGAUCCAGGGACCCCACGUGCUCAGCAGCCUCAGGCGGCUUCAGCACCAGCGACUAUGGUGUUGGCUGGGGGAGCGCUGCUCUCAACAGCUCCGAGAUCUGGGCCUACUCAGCGCCAGACCUGCUGGGCGUGUGGUCCUGGGGCUCCUGCGCGGUGUACGACAGCGGGGGCUACGUGCAGGAGCUGGGACCCAGCCUGGAGGAGAGCCGCGCACAGCUGGGAUUCCUGCAGCUGCACAACUGGAUCGACAACAGAAGCCGUGCCGUGUUUGUGGAGCUGACGCGCUACAGCCCGGCCGUGGGGCUGCACGCCGCCGUCACGCUGCGCCUGGAGUUCCCGACGGCCGGACACGCAGUGGCAGCGCUUAGCGUCCGCCCAUUCGCGCUGCGGCGGCUCAGCGCCGGCCUCUCUCUGCCGCUGCUCACCUCGGUGAGCCUGCUCCUGUUCGCCGUGUACUUCUCGGCGGCCGAGGUGCGCGCCUGGCGCAGGGAGGGGCGCGCGCGCGCCACGAGGGCUGGAACCUGGGCGCGGUGGCUGCUGGUGGCGCUGACGGCUGCCGCGGCGCUGGUGCGCUUGGCCCAGCUGGGCGCCGCCGACCGCCAGUGGACCCGCUUCCUGCGCCGCCGCCCACGCCGCUUCACCAGCUUCGAACAGGUGGCCCAGCUGAGCGCCGCGGCUCGCGGCCUGGCCGCCUCGCUGCUCUUCUUGCUCUUGGUCAAGGCCGCCCAGCAGCUGCGCUUUGUGCGCCAGUGGUCGGUUUUCGGCAAGACGCUGUGCCGGGCGCUGCCGGAGCUCGCGGGGGCAGCCUUAGGCCUGGUGGUGCUAGCCGCAGCCUACGCGCAGCUUGCUGUCCUGUUGGUUUCCUCCUGUGUGGACUCGCUUCGGAGCGCUGCCCAGGCCCUCCUGGUGCUGUGCCCCGGGACCGGGGUUCCUGCCCUGUGCCCUGCGGAGUCCUGGCGCCUGUCCCCCAUGCUGUGCACGGGGCUCUGGGCUCUGCGUCUGUUGGGGGCCCUGAGGCUGGGGUCUGUUCUUCUGCGGUGGCGAUACCACACUCUGCGUGGGGAGCUGUACCGCCCCGCCUGGGAGCCGCAGGACUACGAGAUGGUGGAGCUGUUCCUGCGCCGCCUGCGCCUCUGGAUGGGCUUCAGCAAGGUCAAGGAGUUUCGCCACAAAGUCCGCUUCGAAGGGAUGGAGCCACUGCCCUCCCGCUCAUCCCGGGGCUCCAAGGCUUCUCCAGACGUUCCCCCACCCAGCGGGGACUCUGACGCCUCCCGUCCCUCCACCUCCUCCAGCCAGCUGGAGGGGCUGAGCUUGGGCCUGGGCCGGCCGGGACAUCGAGAGCUGGAGCCCGAGCCUUCCCGCCUCCAUGCUGUAUUUGAGGCCCUACUCACCCAGUUUGAUCGGCUCAACCAGGCCACAGAGGACGUCUACCAGCUGGAGCGGCGGCUGCAGCGCCUGCAUGGCUGCAGGAGCAGAGCGCCCCCGGCCUCCCCGCCCCCCAGCCCUCCCCCAGGCCUGCGGCCCAUCCUGCCCAGCCGCCUUGCCCGGGCCAGUCGAGGCAUCGGCCUGGCUACAGGCCCCAGCAGAGCAUCACUGAGGGCCAAAAACAAGAUCCACCCCAGCAGCUCUUAGUGCCAGGGCCUCUGGGCUCCCCUCUCCCCAGGGCGCGCCUGUGGCUCCCCUCUGGCCCCUCGGAGCCAGAGCAGACACCGCUCAGUAUUAUCACCUUCUGCCACCCUCAGUUGCGGGCCAGGCAGAACAGCUGCACGCAGGUCCCCAGAGAGCAGGCAGGCUCUCUGUGGGCUUCAGCACUUUACAGAGGCCACGUGGCCAGCUCGGACCCAGGGUCCCCUCUCAUUCCUGUGGGAGGACACAGCAGUGCUGGACGAGUGCCCUGCCUCAGACGCUAUUUAUUUCCCAAGUCCUCAGGUACAGCGGGCUGUGCCCGGCCCCGCUCCUGGCUGAUGUCUCCCCUGCCAAGCCCCCAGGCUCUGGGGAGGGGCCCGCACUCCUGUCGUCCUCCCCUAAGUUAUUACUUCCUCCGUCCCUACUCAGUGCACUUGCCUUCAGCUGCCGCCGUGUGUCUGUUGUAAUUUAUGUGGGGUUAAAAUGUAUAUAUUUUUGUACGUCGCUUUAUCUUUCAAUACAGCCAAGGGAUCUGGUGGCUGAAGCAGCCUGUGCCCACUGUCACCUACAUUGAAGGGGAGCUGGGACCACCAGUGCUGUCCUUCCCUCCCUAGACACCUGCCUGCCCAGCUAGAGGAGCAGCAGCUGCUUCUCAGAUCCAAGUCUGGCCUUGGCAGGUGCUGGGCAAAAAGGGCUUUUGGAGGGGAAACCCCCCCUAGGCCGGCCUCGCCACCACCGUGGCCUUAGCCUCCUGUCUAGGCCUGCUGGUGUCGGGUCUGGGUGAGGGCUGGGACCCUAGAGGUGGUAGGGGAAGAUCUCUGCCCGGGGGCUGGCUCCUGGGCUCGGGGAGGUGAGUGUGAUCACAUAUGUGUGAGGCUGUCCCAAGGGCAAGGCCCCAGCAGCAGCCUGGCAGGCCCCCUCCCCACUCUAUUGGACAUGGCCGAAGCUACAGCCUAGAUCCCACCCCCCUCAACAGACGAAGUCAAAUAAAUGAGUUGACUGAC